GCGGUAAUUACGAGGGUACAUAUCGAUCGAGGUUUCUUUAUAAGAAUGAAAUUAUAAACGAUUCUAAGAAAAAUAUUAAAUUGGAUACUUUAUCUACAUCUAGUGGAAGUGUCGCUGUUGGUGACGACUCUGAUAAUGAUGAUCGUCCUCUCGCUGCGAUAGCAAAUGAAAAAUCGAACGAUUUGUAUAAAAAUUUCUAUAAUGCUUUAGUUAAUUUUAGAAAUCAUUAUGUGAUAGAACACGAGAAAAAUACGAGCGAUUACUUAGACUUUUCGGACUCCAGUGAUUCCGAAGUAAUAAUGGAGGACAGAAGUGAUGGAUGUAAUGGAGAUGAAGAUAUGAACAAUUUUGACGAUUUGUCCGAAUGGAAUAUGCGCAAAGGAAAAAUGGACGAAGAAACUAGACUGGAAUUAAACGAUGUGCAAAGAAAAAUCGACGGAAAGGUUUUCUUUGCAUGCAAAAUAUGCGACAAAAAUUUAAGCACCGUGCACACUUACAUAUUUCACAAACGUAUUCACACAGGGGAAAGACCGUGCGUAUGUCACGUCUGCGGCAAACAGUUUAGAACUCCAAACGGUUUGCAACGGCAUCUGACGGAGACGCACCAGAGGUUGCGCCGGCAUUCCUGCAGCUUCUGUCCUAAGAACUUCGCCAACACGCAAAAUCUGAAGCAACACUUACGAAUCCACACCGGAGAGCGGCCCUUCGUCUGCUCGCACUGCGGAAAACGGUUCACUCAGAGUGGGUCGUUGCAUGUGCACUUGAAAACUCACAGCGAACAAUAUCCUUUCCAGUGCGCCGAGUGCGGGGCUAAGUUCCGGCUCCGAUCCGGCCUCACGAGGCACAGGUUGAAGCACACUGGUGAACGGCCCCACGUGUGCGUUCACUGCGGCAAAGCCUUCCGACAGAAGCACGACCUUCACAGCCACGCGCUCGCCCAUACCAAUCCCAAACCGCACGCCUGUCUCGUGUGCGGCGCCGCCUUCAGGCAACUGCGGGCGCUCAAACACCACUACAAGAGAGUACAUCAAAGCGAACCUCCCAAACAACUUGUAAACGAUUCUGUAUUUAAUCACGUUGGACAGUAUCAGUGAUUAUUCCGCCGUCGUAUAAUUUAAGUAUUCGUACUACAAUUAUAAAA